AUGCAGCACUACGGGGUGAACGGGUACUCGUUGCACGCCAUGAACUCGCUCAGCGCCAUGUACAACCUGCACCAGCAGGCGGCCCAGCAGGCCCAGCAUGCCCCCGACUACCGGCCCUCGGUGCACGCGCUUACCCUGGCUGAGCGGCUGGCCGGCUGUACAUUUCAAGACAUCAUCUUGGAGGCCCGCUAUGGCUCCCAGCACCGCAAACAGCGUCGCAGCCGCACGGCGUUCACCGCCCAGCAGCUUGAGGCCCUGGAAAAGACCUUCCAGAAGACUCACUACCCGGAUGUGGUGAUGCGUGAGAGGCUGGCCAUGUGCACCAACCUACCUGAGGCCCGGGUACAGGUGUGGUUCAAGAACCGCAGGGCCAAGUUCCGGAAGAAGCAGCGCAGCCUGCAGAAAGAGCAGCUCCAGAAGCAGAAGGAGGCUGAGGGCUCCCACGGGGAAGGAAAGACUGAGGCCCUGACUCCAGACACCCAGCUGGAGACUGACCAGCCCCCCAGCCUGCCCAGCGGCGACCCCCCUGCUGAGCUUCACCUGAGCCUCUCUGAGCAGUCGGCCAGUGAGUCAGCUGCCGAAGACCAGCCAGACCGGGAGGAAGACCCCCGGGCAGGGGCUGCAGAUCCCAAAACUGAGAAGAUCCCUGGGUCUGAGAGCAAGGGGCUGGGCUGCAAGAGGGGCAGCCCCAAGGCAGAUUCCCCGGGCAGCCUGGCCCUGGCCCCUGCGGCCCCCGGGAGCGGCCUCCUGGGCCCCUCCCACUCUUACUCCUCAUCCCCACUGAGCCUCUUCCGUCUUCAGGAGCAAUUCCGCCAGCACAUGGCCGCCACCAACAACCUGGUGCACUACUCUUCCUUCGAAGUUGGGGGCCCGGCCCCUGCUGCUGCUGCGGCUGCCGCCGCCGCCGUGCCCUACCUGGGCGUCAACAUGGCCCCUCUGGGCUCACUGCACUGCCAGUCCUACUACCAGUCGCUGUCAGCGGCCGCUGCUGCCCACCAGGGCGUAUGGGGGUCUCCACUGCUGCCCGCACCCCCGGCAGGCCUGGCACCUGCCUCGGCUGCCCUGAACAGUAAAACCACGAGCAUCGAGAACCUGCGGCUUCGGGCCAAGCAGCACGCGGCCUCCCUGGGACUCGAUACGCUGCCCAACUGACUGCUGGCCUCCCACCCAGCCAGGGCUCUUGGGUGCCCCCAGCCCAGCCCCAUGGUUAUCCCAAUAUGGCUCUCAGGG